AUGUGGCCGGCAGGAAAUGACCAUUUCUGUGAAAAUGUCUGUGCAUAUGCUAAGCUGUUAGAAGAACUAGACGAAAUCGUGAAGAAAAUGGUGUUUGACAGCUAUGGUUUGGACAAGCACAAAUAUGAGUCGCUCCUUGAAUCAACCAAUUACGCUUUUCGGAGCUACAAAUACAGGAUACCUGAGAUGGAUGAGAGCAAUGUGGGAGUGAAUUCUCACACAGACUCAACCUUUAUAACCAUACUGCAUCAGAAGGUAGCUGGCUUGGAAAUUAAAUUGAAAGAUGGAGAAUGGUUUCGGCUUGAUGCCUCACCUUUGUUUUGUGUCAUGGCUGGUGAUGCAUUUAUGGUAUGGAGUAGUGAAAGGAUACGCCCUUGUGAACAUCGUGUGAUUUUAGAAUCGAAGAUAACAAGAUACUCUUUGGGACUACUUUCAUACAGUAAUAAGAUGGUGCAAACUUUAGAGGAUCUGGUGGAUGAGGAACAUCCCAUACGCUAUAAGCCAUUCGACCACUAUGCAUACGUUGCUUUCCGUUUCACAGAAGGAGGAGUCAAAUUUACAAGUCGAAUCAAAGCAUUUUGUGGCAUUUAA